CAGUUUUCAGCUUCGGCAGAUAACGAUGGACGGUGGUGAAGACCGAUUGUUUCUGGGACUUGAUUUUAGCACUCAACAAAUCAAGGCUGAAGCAAUUAAUGACUCUCUGCAAAUUGUGAAUGAAACGGCAGUAAAGUUUGACUCGGAUCUUCCAGAAUUCAAAACUCAUGGAGGGGUGCACAUCCACAAUGAUAAUGUCACAGUUACUGCCCCUACUAUUAUGUGGGUCAAGGCAUUUGACUUGUUGUUAGAGAAAAUGAAGAAGGAUGGCUUCCCCUUUCACAAAGUGGCUUGUAUUUCAGGAGCAGGGCAGCAACAUGGUAGUGUAUACUGGAAAACUGGAACAAAUAAAAUCUUAAGAAGUCUUGAUGAGAAAAAACAACUCCACAAACAACUACAGAACUGUUUUUCAAUCCCUGAUUCUCCGGUCUGGAUGGACGCAAGCACAACAGUGAACUGCCGUGAACUGGAAGAGAAAGUAGGCGGCCCCUUGAAACUGGCAGAGAUAACUGGUUCUCGGUCCUUUGAGAGGUAUACAGGGACCCAGAUCAUGAAGAUUUCUCGGACAAGGCCAUCAGAGUACAAGGACACUGAGAGAAUUUCAUUGGUCAGCAGUUUUGCAGCAUCCCUUUUCAUUGGAGAUUAUGCUCCAAUAGAUUUGAGUGAUGGGUCAGGAAUGAACCUUCUGGACAUUAGAACUAAAAAGUGGUCACCAGAAUGUCUUCAGGCUUGUGGAUCAGAUUUGAGCCAGAAGCUUGGUGAUCCAGUGCCCUCCAAACAAGUUAUUGGAAAUGUGAGCCAGUAUCUCAUCAGUCGAUAUAACUUUAGUCCAAAUUGCAAGGUUGUUGCUUUUACGGGAGAUAACCCAGCAUCCCUGGCAGGGAUGGCACCUAAACUGGGCGAUGUUGUUAUCAGUCUAGGAUCAAGUGAUACCGUAUUUUCCUGGUCUCCCAGUCACACCGCAGAACUGGAGGGGCACAUCUUUGUUAACCCCAUCGACUCCAAUACCUAUAUGUCUCUAGUCUGCUUUAAGAAUGGUUCACUCACAAGGGAGAGAAUUAAAGACGAAAGUGCAGAUGGCUCUUGGGACAAAUUUUCAGAAUACUUGAAAAAGACACCAAUUGGAAAUAAUGGAAAUAUUGGAAUAUAUUUUGAUGUGAUGGAGAUUCAGCCAUUGGUACAAGGAAUUUUCCGGUUCAACAAAUCUGAUGAAAAGGUGACUUCCUUCCCACCAGAAGUAGAAGUGCGAGCGGUGAUAGAAGGUCAGAUGAUCGCUCGUAAAAUGUAUAUGGAGAUGGAAAUGAGAGGAAUGCACACAGGUCUAGACACCCGAAUUCUGGCUACUGGUGGAGCCUCUCUGAACAAGGCCAUUCUACAGGUUAUAUCAGAUGUGUUUGGAGCACCAGUCUUUGUGAGUGAUAUCCCGAACUCUGCUGGCCUUGGUUCCUGUUACAGAGCUAAACAUGGACUUGAGGGUUGUGAUUUCUCAGAGGUUGUUAAGAACCACCCCCAGCCUGAGUGUGUGGCAGUUCCAACGGAGGGAGCGCAUGAGGUUUAUAAGGAAAUGAGUUUGAGAUACAGAAAACUAGAGCGGGAAAUUGCCAACCAACAGUAGCGGAGUGAUGUCCUGAAUUAAUUAGUCUGGUCGUUAAUUAAUGGUAGCUGACUCCUUUUAUAUUUGGUGCUAUCUCCACCUUGUUUAAUUUUAUUCGUUGUUAUGUAAGUGAGAUGGAUCACUUCCGAUGUUUAUGUUAGAUGAAUUAUAUAUCGUAGCUCAUCCCUUGGCGGACAAUAAAUUAAUUAUGCACAUCUUU